GGGAGUGUUGAUACUGUUGUGAGCCACUUGUGUGGAACGUUCUCUUGCGUCUCAAUUAUUGAAGUGCAAUGCCUUCAAAGUUGGAAGUUUCUAAAACGUUUGAAGCGCGUUCUGAGCGAGUCAAGUGUGUUGAUCUCCAUCCGAAUGAGCCUUGGAUACUAGCCUGUUUGUAUGAUGGAAGUAUUAUUGUAUAUGAAUACAACUCCGGAGCGGUUAUCAAGUCCUUCGAAACCGUAGAACAACCUGUUCGUUGUGGGAAGUUUAUAGUACGGAAGCAGUGGAUUGUAGUUGGAGCAGAUGACUUGCAACUUAGAGUAUACAACUACAACACUAUGGAAAAAUUGAAAACUUUUGAGGCCCACGUGGAUUAUAUAAGAAGUCUAGCCGUACACCCUUCGCUACCAUAUGUACUUUCAGCAUCCGACGAUAUGCUUAUCAAACUGUGGAACUGGGAAAAGGGUUGGUUGAACACGAUGGUGUUUGAAGGUCACUCGCACUACGUGAUGCAAGUUGUUUUUAAUUCUAAAGAUCCGAAUACUUUUGCAUCUGCCUCUUUGGAUCGAACUGUUAAAGUAUGGAAUAUUUCUUCGUCGGUUCCCAACUUUACUUUGGAAGGCCAUGAGAAGGGAGUCAAUUGCUUGGAUUAUUUUAGUGGUGCAGAUAAGCCAUAUUUGAUAUCAGGAAGUGAUGACAGAACAGUCAAAGUGUGGGACUAUCAGACAAAAAGUUGUAUUCAAACUCUGGAAGGACACGCCUACAACGUAUCUUGUGUGGGUUUCCACCCUACGAUGCCUCUUAUUAUGAGUGGCUCCGAAGACGGUAUGAUUAUGAUGUACAACUCAUCAACUUAUAAACUGGAAACCAGUCUGAACUUUGGUUUGGAACGUGUUUGGUCUUUAUCCUAUGUGAAAGGUUCUAACAAAGUAGCAUUUGGUUUUGACUUUGGCACUGUAUUAGCCCAAGUUGGUAAGGAUAGACCUGUUGCCUCGAUGGACUCUUCAGGAAGAGUUGUGAUUGCCAAACAUAGCGAAAUACUCACAGUAAACUUGAAGAGUGUGGAUUCGAUGGUUAUCACAGAUGGAGAAAGACUACCUAUUGCUCCGAAGGAUAUGGGAAGUUGUGAAGUUUUUCCACAAGUUAUGUCGCAUAGUGCCAAUGGUCGAUUUGUAGCUGUUUGUGGUGAAGGCGAAUAUAUUAUUUAUACUGCUCUCGCAUGGAGAAAUAAGGCUUUCGGAAGUGCUGAAUCGUUUGUAUGGGACAAUGGUGCUGGCUUGUACGCAAUUCUAGAAAGUAAUGGAAGAAUACGAGUUUUUAAUAAAAUGUUUAAGGAAGUCAAGGUAAUGAAGCCAUCUUAUACAGUAGAAGAAAUUUUCGGAGGUGCUUUGUUGGGUGUCAAAGGAAGCGAUUUUGUGUGCUUUUAUGACUGGAAUUUGUUACAAAUCGUGAGAAGAGUAGAUAUCAAUGCAAAAGGAGUUUUCUGGUCAGAUUCUUCGGAGUUUAUGGCAAUUUCUGGUCCAGAGGCGUUUUAUAUUCUGAGGUAUUCGAGAGACGCUGUCAUGAAUGCAAUAGAAACCAAUCGAGGUCAACUUGGAGAAGAUGGUGUCGAAGAUGCCUUUGAAGUCAUUCAAGAAUAUCAAGAUCGUGUUGCUUCUGGAAGGUGGAUUGGUGAUUGUUUUUUGUAUACUACCACAGAUGGGAAACUUAAGUACUUGGUUGGUUCUGAGGUCUCCACUUUGGCACAUAUCGAUAGUCAAUUGAUAUUGUUGGGAUAUUUACCUUCCGAAAAUAGAGCGUAUCUUUUAGAUAAGGAAUGCAAUAUUAUUUCAUAUCAACUUCUUGUAUCUGUAUUGGAGUACAAACUUGCCAUCCUUCGUGGAGAUGAGAAAGCAGCAGAUCAGUUUCUUGAACAAAUUCCUCCUUCAGAGCGUACUAAAUUGGCACAUUUUUUGGAAUCUCAAGGAUGGUUAGAAAAGGCUCUCGAUUUAGCAACGGACCCUGACUAUCGUUGUGAAUUGGCUAUUAAGCUUCGUAAACUGCAUGUGGCAGUGGAAAUUGCCAAACAGUUUCCUUCAGAGUCCAAAUGGCGACAAAUCACAGAACUGGCACUUUCAUCUGGAGAUAUCAAUUUGACCGAAGAAUGUAUGAAGGAGUCUGGUGAUUUUAGUGGUUUGUUAAGCCUAUAUUCUGGCAAAGGAGACAUCGAAGGAGUCAACAAAGUGGCUCAAAUGGCAAUAACCAGCGGAAAGUUAAACUUGGCCUUUCUUUGUUUCUUUUUAACUGGUGAGACACAAAGUUGCAUUGAUACAUUGUUAAAAGCAAAGAGAUAUCCUGAGGCUGCUCUCUUUGCAAGAACAUAUGUGCCAAGCGAAAUGACGAGAGUGGCACAAAUGUGGCGUGAGCAUUUAAAAAAGGAAGGAAAUAUUCGCUUGUCCAAUUUGAUCGCAGAUCCUGUUUCGCACCCUCAUUAUUUUCCUGAAUAUGAUGAAACGUUACAAUUGGAAAGGGAAACCAAAAGCCGAAUAUCCUCAAGACUACAAGUUCCACCUCAACGAUGGAAAGAAUAUGAAGAUGAUGUGUUUGUUCCUCUUUCUUCGUUAUUGAAUCAUAUGGAUAAGUUGCGAGUUACCGAUGACCUUGCUGCAUCGACUGAAGCAUCUAUUGGAGACGAUUCAUUGCUGCGCACGGAUAUAAACACGGAAUGGGAUACAAGCGAAACCAAUGCUUCGGAAGAAGAUAAUCAUUUGCAGAAUGAUGAAAUGUGAUAAGGUUUCGUAGUCUCAUUCGUGAAAGUUAUUUGAUCACAAUAAAGGCAUUGAAUUUUGC